GACGUCAUUUCCGUUUAAUAUUUUGACGUCGUGAGAAAUAUUCAAACAUGUUUUAGCGACUUUGUGAAAACAAAGCAAUGGAAAUCUCCCCUGUGGAGAUUUCUCUGGCAGAACUGGAGAAUCCGAAGGCGAGUUCAGCAACUGGACGCCUGGACGAUCCACACGCACCAGGAACAGCUGAGUCGGGGUUGAGCAAAUGUGAGAAAGAAGAUGAUGAUGAAAAACUUGCGUCGCUAGAGAGUAAGGAGGCAAGCUGUGAGACAGAACAAAACUCACAGCUCGGAAAGGACUCCGCAGUACAACAGUCGGAUGCCGACUUACCGCCACCCUCUUACUCUACAUCAGAUGAAACUAUCUGCCGCAUUUGUCAGGGAUCCAACAAAGACACGGAGGAGCCGAUACAGACAACACGCUGUGCGUGUAAGGGUGCCACAGCCAACAUCCACCAGUCGUGUCUGCGUGAAUGGGUUCGACACCAGCGGAGCGUACGCUGUGAAAUCUGUAGGGGACGUUUUGAGGGCAUCAGCCCUCCUGGAUCGCUGGAACGAUCCCUGGACCGGCACCUGGAGAAUUACAUGCCUGCGGAGGAUAUCACGCAGACCAUUCAUCAGUUGUACUACCAUCUCAACCGAAUCCGGCCGUUUACCAGGCGCAGGCGCGCGGCCAUAGCAGCGUCCAUCGUCUUCCUGACCCUGGUCACAUUCAUGUGCGCCAUUAUGACCGUGGAGGCUGACCGGGAAUACCACCGGGUAUCCAAGAGCCCGUGGUCAACUCAUCAUGACAUUGACCAGUCCGGAAUCAUCUUUAGUAUCUGUGUAGCCUCGGUGUCAUUCUGCGCUACACUGACCAUAGGCUUACUGGUGAUCUGGGGUAGUGCGGAAUGUACUUACAUCAUACAGCGUCGGGCUCUCUACCGCCGAGUCGAACGUCGGGUGCGGGAGAACAUGCGCAGACACAACGUAAUAAAUAUAUCGUGAUUGUCUUAUAUAAAGAAAGGGUCAUUAUCAUUUGUGAAACAAUUCUCAUUCAUAGCACGAACAAAUUCAAUCUAAUUAAAAUCAUAUCUCACAGUUCUGAUAAUCUAGGUUCAAAUACUCAUCAACCAUUCGCUGCUGGUUUGCAGUUUUCCAUCAAACAUUACCAGUAUUUGAACGAGAGUUGUCUAUCAGGCGCUGCUAAGGAAAAAUAUG